AUGGAGACCGGGUGCUGGUUGCUGGGCGGCGAGUUCGAGGACUCGGUGUUCGAAGAGAGGCGGGAGCGGCGCCCGGGGCCGCCCGCGUCCUACCGCGCCAAGCUGUGCGAGCCGCGGUGGUUUUAUGGGGAAACAGAGAGCAGUGAUGAUGUGGAAGCUCUGACGGUCAAGAAAUUCAGAGGGGACCUGGCCUACCGGCGGCAGGAGUAUCAGAAAGCACUGCAGGAAUAUUCCAGCAUCUCUGACAAGCUACCACCCACAAACGUUGCCAUGAAGAGGGAUGUCCAGGAAGGCCAGGCCCGGUGCCUCGCUCGCCUCGGAAGGCACGCGGAAGCGCUGGCCAUUGCUGCGAACUUGGAAACGAAAGCGACGAACACAGACCAUUUAACCGCCGUGCUCUGCCUCCAGCUCGCCAUUUGCUCCAGCUUGCAGGACGCGCAGCGCACCGCCUUCUGCCUUCAGAGGCUGGUCUCUCUGCACCCCUUCAGCCCGGGGAGCUGGGGCCGCCUGGCGGAGGCCUACCUGGCCGCGCCGUCCGCGUCCUCUCACGGACAGAGCCGGCCCGCCCCCGGCGACAGAGCUGUCGCCCGCGCCUGUCUGCACGCAGGAGAAGACUGUCGCCUGUGCUUCCCCGAGGCGCUGCCUGAGAGCCCCGCGGUUCCUGGGGCGACGAGCCGCGGGAGCGGCCGGAAGGAGGAGGAAGCGCUGGAGAACCGUCUGGACUCUCUGUCGCUGGAGGCUCGGGUGAAAGCGUGUGCCUCCUUUGUACGGACCAGGCUUUUGCUUCAGCUCACCCAGUCCCAGCAGACAUCGUUUGCUCUGGAGAGGAACCUCAGGACCCAGCAGGAAGUUGAAGAUAAAGUGAAAGGCUUUGGCUUCAGAGAAGACACUCUGCAGCUGAUCACUGAGGUUAUGGGAAAAGACAUCGUUCCAGAAAAAAUAAAAGACGAGGCUCACAGCGAGGUGAAGUGUGUGGGCCCCGCAGCCCUGGCCGCCUUGGUGGUUGCAUCUUCGGAGGAAUUUGAAGACAAGUGGUUCCGAAAGAUCAAAGACCACUUCUGCUCCUUUGAAAGCCAGUUCCAUACACAGAUGCAAAUCUCUGCUUAA